UCCCGGACCCGGAAGUGGAGUUGCCGAGUCACCGCAGUGGCUGAGCUGCUGACAGGAGGCGGCCGCGGAGGAGGAGGCGAGGCAAGACCUGCGGCUCCGUGGGGCCACAGCGCGGUAGCGCUAGGCAAGCCCACGGAACCACGCCGGCCUUAGCCCGCCCACGAACCUCUCGCCCACUGUCCACCCUUCUAUCUACCUGGCCGCCUACCCGCCCGACUCGUCCGGGGCGGCCUAGUCUGCACCACCCGCCGGGCUCCUGGGGCCGCCGCCCCGCGCGGUCCCGUCGGCAUCCCUGGCCGCGCCCGGCCCCUGGCCCGCUCGCCCGCCGGCACCAUGAUGGAGGAGAUCGACCGGUUCCAGGUGCCCACCGCGCACUCGGAGAUGCAGCCGCUGGACCCAGCCGCCGCCUCCAUCUCAGACGGAGACUGUGACGCCCGGGAGGGUGAGUCAGUAGCCAUGAAUUACAAACCAUCCCCGCUCCAAGUGAAGCUGGAGAAGCAGCGGGAGUUGGCCCGGAAGGGCUCUCUGAAGAAUGGCAGCAUGGGCAGCCCCGUCAACCAACAACCCAAGAAGAACAAUGUCAUGGCCCGGACGAGGCUGGUCGUCCCCAAUAAAGGCUACUCCUCGCUUGACCAGAGCCCAGAUGAGAAGCCACUGGUAGCUCUAGACACGGACAGCGAUGAUGACUUUGACAUGUCCAGAUACUCCUCGUCUGGUUAUUCCUCUGCUGAGCAGAUCAACCAAGAUUUGAACAUCCAGCUGCUGAAGGACGGCUAUCGGUUAGAUGAGAUCCCCGAUGACGAAGACCUAGACCUCAUCCCCCCGAAGUCCGUGAACCCCACCUGCAUGUGCUGCCAGGCCACGUCCUCCACCGCCUGCCACAUUCAGUAGCGGGCGGGGCUGCUGCGGCUGCAAGGGGAGGCGCCAAUGCGGGCCAGGUUGGACUGGGCAGGGGCUGAUCCCGCCCUAGCUCGUCCUCGUGCCCCUGGCCCUGUGCCCCUUACAGUCGCCAACCUGUAACAGUCAUUGCUUCCUCCUAUGGUAGGACGUGUACCUCUGUGUGUUCAUGGAGCCGGAGAAACCAAAACCGGGUCUCUCUAUACCCCAGGGGCUCAAGAGGGGUGGGGGUUUCUUGUUCAGUUGCUUGAGGGACCUCACCAGUACCCUGUUCUCCUCCCUAAGGCAGCAGUCUGGAGGUGGGGAGACCUGGAAGACAGGGAGGCCAGCAGUAUGAGCUGGGAGAGGGAUCACAAAGCCAGGGCUUGACCCCACCUCAGCAAAGCCAUGAAUAAAUCCCCCAGACCCAGCCUGACCAGCAAACAGGUUGGAAGAAAGGCCCAAGGCAGUGGGGAUGGGUCCCAGCACCUGGGAGCCCUCUCCAUAUGCCUCCUGCCAGACCAUGUACCUAUUUGUGUUUUCCCUUCCUCUCCAGAUGGGAAGCCUGGCAAAGCUGUCCAAUGGGAUAUUGUGCCCCUCCCAUCAGAUCACUGCCUUCUUCCUCCUCUUCCUCCCAUUCACCCCUGUUCUCUAGGCAUGGUAUAAGGUGGUAUGACCUGUCCUCACUGCCCCGACCAAGACAUCUAUCUCUCUGCUUUUCCUGUUCCCCCCACCUACAACACGCUGGUUCCAGGUUGGAAGCAGGGUAAGGCUGGCCUCCAGUGUCCCAUUCCCAACUCACCCCAACCCAAGGUCUGAGAGUCUAGUUCCUAGUAAAACCCUUCAAGGAGAAGCUUAGGAGGAUAUAACAGCUUAGCAGCUGCAUUUACAUGGUAGGGAGUGCUUGGCAGAGUGAGUGAAUGUGUGUGUGUGUGUGUGUGUGUGUGUGUGUGUGUGCGCGCGCGCGCGCACACAUGCAUCUCAUGUAGGACCUGCCUCUCCAGGAAUCAGUUCCUGAGAGUCUGGCCUGGGAGUCAGAAGCCUGGGUUCUGGCACUCUUCAUGCACUCUCUUGCAGUGAGCCACAUGUUUUCUCUGGGCUUCAGUUUCCCCAAAUCAAAAAUAAACAGCAGCUGCAAUUAUUCUUAAGGCACUUUCACACCUGAAGGAAUUUCUUCAUAGUAAUUUCUGUGGAAGAGUAUGAGGAGAUCUCUAUGUUUUUGACUGUACCUAUGGGGUUCUCUAAGUGUAUCUGUACAGAAUGGGGAAGGCAAAGUACAUGUGAAUCUGUUUGGAAAGGGAUGCAUGUGUGUAUGUGUGUGAGCUAGGCCUCCCACUACCACCACCACCCUGGGCUCCUUGACUUACCUUUCUAGAACAUGGGUAUCUCCUCUUUUUAAGACUGCUGCCUUUGCUGCUGACUUACUGUGUGACUCUGGCCCAUUGUUCAAUCUCUAUGGCCCUGAGGAAUCAGAGGAAAGCUCCCUCCCGAGAGAGAGAGAGAGAGAGAGAGAGAGAGAGAGAGAGAGAGCGCAAAUGUGUUUAUGUGUGGAGGUGUCUAUUUUGUGUGUAACUGUUUGGGAUGUCUCGGUCAGAAUGUGUAUUGCUGCUUCUGCUGCUGUUGUUGGUUUGGGGGUUGGAGGCAGGAGAGCUGAGGAUGAAAAUCAGGAGAAAGGUUGGAACUGGGGAUGUAGCUCAGUGGUAGAAUGCUUGCCUAGCAUGCAUGAGGCCUUGGGUUCAAUCCCCAGCUCUGCCAAAAAAUAAAAAGAGAGAGAGAGAUAGGAGGUAAACAGGGCUCUCCCCUGGGCUGGGCAAUAUGGAACUUCCCCCAUGUAAAGAAAAAUGAAAGCACAGAUAGCCUCAGACUGCUUGAACCUUGCCCCACAAAUUUCCCACAGGGUCCAGGAGUACAUUUCCCAGUCCUCCAUGCUGACACAUGUGUCCACACAUGCUGGUGUAUCCACUCUCAUGGAUACCACUCACAUGCUGCCCUCUGGACAUCAGUCCUGGGACAUGGGAGCUAGAAGGGGCAGGUGGUGAGAGAAGAGAGUGAGGCUGCUGGCUUAGGAAAGGUAGCACCUUUCCCUGCAUCACACCCAGGAGCUGCCAACUUCAAAGUGUUGGGGUGCAACUCUGUGCUCUCCUCACCUCCAAUCUGCCCUUACAUCUCUAGUUACAUAAUGAGGAAAUGCCAAAGGAAGGACAGAACAGGUAUUUGCAGAGCCCACAAAGCCCAUACUGGCCUCUAUCUCAAGCCUUUCUCCCACCCUGAUCAGCAUCUCCAUCCCCUGUCAUAUGGGCUCCAGAGCCAGGCCUCCCACUAUCACCACCACCCUGGGCUCCUUGACUUACCUUUCUAGAACAUGGGUAUAUCCUCUUUUUUAGACUGCUGCCUUUGCUGCUGACUUACUGUGUGACUCUGGCCCAUUGUUCAGCCUCUAUGGCCCUGAGUAACCAGAGGAAAGCUCCCUCCCCGCAGGACAUACUAGUUUUCUGGCAGGCAAGGACUUCCAACUGAGGCAGUGUACACGUGGCAGGGAGAGAUAGGAAGCUGGCAGCCAGCAGCUUGUACAUCUAAGGAGAGUGCAUGGUUCUCCUCCUUCCCUGAGGUUGGAGGGGAAGAACCAAGGCCUUAGCUUGCCCCUGCCUCCUGCCCCCUUGUAGAUACUGCCUUAACACUCCCCCUACCCUUGGCUGUGGCUUCCACCCAGCCAGGUUUCUCCGUGCGCACUAAUUUAUUUCCAGGAAGGUGUGUGGAAGACAUGAGCCGUGUAUAAUAUUUUUUUUAACAUUUCCAUUGCAGUAUUGACCAUCAUCCUUGGUUGUGUAUCGUGUAACACAAAUAAUGAUAUUAAAAGCAUCAAACAAGC